AAGCCAAGCAUAGAACACUGGCGACUAAGGUAAAUAAGUAAGCAAAGCUUAGAAGUUAGAAGCAGUCGAGGCAGAUUGAGAAGACAGAAACACACUUGUGCUGUGGGAAAAGGCAGAGACAACAAACAUGUUAAGGAUAUCUCAUCUUAGACUCUCUCUCACUUGCGCUCUCAACCUCUCGACUCCCUUAAACCUCGUCAAAUUCUCUACUACUUGUUCUUCUCCACCUUGGCGUCUCCCCCGCACCUUCAAACCCACUCGCGCCAAUUCCUCCUCGUUUUUGACCUCCAACCCUGUCAUGCCUACUACUCCAGCUCCCAAGUGUUCAGCUUCAUUUACUUCAAGUAGCUCUGGCGAUGGAAAGGAGAUAUUGGUCCAGCACUUACUUGUUAAAGACGACAAUCUCAAGCUUCUUCUAGAUCUUCAGCAGAGAAUAUCACAAGGUGAAGACCUUAGUGAUCUUGCUGCAGAGUACUCGAUAUGUCCAUCCAAAGAAGAGGGGGGAAUGCUUGGGUGGGUGAAAAAGGGGCAAAUGGUACUAGAGUUUGAGGAGACUGCAUUUAGUGCAUCUUUAAACAAAAUUGUUAGGUGCAAAACAAAAUUUGGAUGGCAUUUAUUACAAGUACUAUCAGAGAGGGAGGAAUCAGUACUUCAAAACAUUCAAUGCAAGGAGCUGCAUUUGAAAAUGCAAGAUCCAAGUUUCUUAGAAGAGGCACAGUUGAUCGAUGUCCGAGAACCUGAAGAAGUGGCUCGAGCUUCUUUAUUGGGAUUCCAGGUUCUUCCUCUUCGACAAUUUGGAAGCUGGGGACCUGACAUAACUACGAAGUUAGAUCCUCAAAAGGAUACGUAUGUUAUGUGUCACCAUGGCAUGCGAUCUUUACAGGUUGCCCAGUGGUUGCAGACGCAGGGUUUCAAGAGAGUCUACAAUGUUGCUGGGGGAAUCCAUGAAUAUGCUCGAACAGUUGAUCAAAGAAUUCCGACUUACUGAUGAUAUUUUCGGGAUUAGAGAUGUGUUUCCCAUCACUUCGAGACCAGUUCACCAUUUUUGUUGCGUACAUUGUAUGAACACUAAUAUAAGAUCAGAACUACAUUUUUUCUUUUCUUUUUUAGUUAAAGAAAUCAGAACUCCAAUUUUUAAUGGUUUUCUUUGUUUCUAGAAGAGACACAUACCUAAC